AUGGUCUGGGGCAGCAAGUUGGUCCGCCUCGCCCGCCGUUUGGGCAUUGCCACCGACAGCUUCGACCGAUACUACCUGUUCGGCUGGGAGGGAAAUGAGAGGUACAGAGUGCACGCCGAGCUCGGCGACGCCUUCACGCUCGUGACGCCUGGAGGCAAUUGGAUCUACAUCGCAGACCCCGACGCAAUAUGGGAUACGCUGAAGCGGCCUCACGAGUUCGGGCGGAACCUUGAGCAGCUUGCUGUCUUGAACGUCUAUGGCAAGAACCUGUCUACUACUGAAGGCCAAGAAUGGCAGAAGCACCGCAAGAUUACCGCUGCGACCUUCACUGAGAAGAAUAACGAGCUUGUCUGGCAGUCCUCUCUCUCGCAAGCCCAAGGCAUGCUAGACUAUUGGGUCCAUCGCGCUCCUGAGCCUGUUCGAUCGGUGGCCGACGAUUGCAGGACCUUCACUCUCAACGUUCUGGCCGCCGCACUAUUCUCGAAACCGUAUCCUUUCGAAGGCAGAAACGAGCCAACAGACACCACCGACGAGUCCUACCAGUACCGAGACUCGCUCUCGAAGAUUCUGCAGAACAUCAUUCUCAUCGUGAUCUUCGGCGGCGAGAAGCUCAGGACCUCGAAAUGGAUGCCCAUCUCCUGGCAGCAAGCGGGUGCGGCCGUUGCCAACUUCCGCUCAUACGUGUUGGGUUUGAUCGAUGAGGAGAAGGUAAACGUGGAAAACGGUGUGCAGAACCGCAAAGACUUAGUAGCUGCUCUCGUGCGUGCAUCACUCGCGCAGAAGAAGGAAGGCAGGGACAUGACCGUCACCGAAGAAGAGAUCAUCAGCAAUACCUUCGUCUACGGCUUCGCAGGGAAUGACACCACGGCCAUCACGCUCGCACACACCAUUGUCAACCUUGCAGCGCACCCUGAGACGCAGGAUUGGAUCGCCGAGGAGACUCAGCGCUACCUCCCCACCGACGACUUCACGGAGUGGACCUACCCAACCUGGGCGAAGCUGAAGCGAUGCCAGGCUGUUGUUAUGGAAUCACUCCGCUUGUGCCACCCGCUCGGCUCGUCCUCGAAACUCACCAAAGAGGCGUCCUCGCUCAACCUCGGAGGCAAGACCUACACUAUCCCAACUAACACCCACGUCCAACUCAACUUCUGCGCCCUCCACACUAAUACACACUCCUGGGGUGCCACAGCCCUGGAAUGGGACCCCACCCGCUUCAUCUACCACGACGAAGGCGAGGCUACUGCCGGUAUCGAAGCCGAGCAACUGCGUCCCACGGUCGAGAAGAGGUACCUGCCAUGGUCGUACGGCGAGCGCGUCUGCCCCGGGAAGAAGUUCUCACAAGUCGAGCUCGCGGCUACGCUGGCUAUCUUAUUCCGAAAGCAUAGCGUCGACCCGGUGCCGGAGAAGGGCGAGACGCUGGUGGAAGCAAGGAAACGGGCGCAGAAGGUGAGUUUGGAUAUCCAGAUGACGCUGCUGAACGAGAUGUAUCAGCCGCAGAGUUUGGGGCUGAAGUGGACGGAGAGGACGGCGGCUUAG